GAUGGCCCCUGCCAAGGGUCGAAUCGCCGACGACAAAGACGGUCAAUAACGUCGCCCAUCAAUAACAGCUCUGUCAAUAGGAUGGCCCUAUUGCUCCGUUCGGCUUGCCGGUGGAUCGUGGCCUGCAGAAGGAUGCGGGUGGGUGUCGUUGGAAUCUCCUUGGCUCAGUCUGAUACUUAACCUGGCUCCUUUCAGGAGCUGAUGUUAAACCCUUCUUUUUCUCCCUCCCUCUUUCUCUUUCGAUUGUAGACGGUGGACAGUGUCGGUUCGGUUUUUAUUCUAUAUUUUGUUUCUGUGCGGCUUCAAGAUGCGGUUCUUCAAUUUAGCGUGGCUGGUGCCCGCCGUUCUGGCGAUUCCUCAUUCCGACCGUGCAAACACCGUGUCGACUGUCAAGCGUGAUGGCAUCACGUACAAUGUCUUCGAGCACCGUGCGACCGGGUCGAAACUCGAAUUCGUCAAGAACUCGGGCAUCUGCGAGACGACUCCCGGUGUGAACCAGUACUCCGGCUAUCUCUCGGUCGGAGAGAACAUGAACAUGUGGUUCUGGUUCUUCGAGUCUCGCAACGAUCCCAAGAAGGCGCCUCUCGCUGCCUGGUUCAACGGCGGCCCGGGCUGCUCGUCCAUGAUCGGACUGUUCCAGGAACAUGGUCCCUGCCACUUCGUCGACGGUGAAAAGAAGCCGUCGCUGAACGAGCACAGCUGGAAUAACUACGCCAACAUGCUAUACAUUGAUCAGCCGAUCGGCGUCGGCUUCUCGUACGGCACGAACAACGUCACCAGCACGGUCACGGCCGCUCCGUAUGUGUGGAAGCUGCUUCAGGCGUUCUACGAUCAGUUCCCUGAGUACGAGAGCCGUGACUUUGGUCUGUUCACCGAGUCCUACGGCGGCCACUACGGCCCCGAGUUCGCCUCCUACAUCCAGGAGCAGAACAAGGCCAUCGAGUCCGGCUCCGUCGAGGGCCAGAAGGUCGACCUCGUCGCCCUCGGCAUCAACAACGGGUGGUUCGACACCAGCAUCCAGCAACAGUCCUACAUCGACUUCGCCUACAACAACAGCUACCGGUCUUUGAUCUCCGAGAAGCAGCGCGACGGGUACCUCCAGACCCUCAAGGAAGUCUGCCUGCCCGCGGUCGAGAAAUGCACCAAGACCGGAACCAACGACGCCUGCCGCGAGGCCUCCUCCACCUGCUACUCCACCGUCGAGGGGCCCAUCAUGGGGGCUGACGACUUUGAUGUCUACGAUGUGCGUCGCGGUUCGGAUGAUCCUGAGCCGCCUUCCACCUACAGCGACUACCUGGCCGACGAGGAGGUCAAGAAGGCUAUCGGGGCGCGCUCGAAAUACAGCGAGUGUGCCAAUGCGGCGAGCGCCAAGUUCUCAACCACCGGGGACAACCCUCGCUCGUUCCUCUCCGCUCUGUCGGAGGUCGUGCAGUCCGGCAUCUCCGUGCUUGUCUGGGCCGGCGACGCCGACUGGAUCUGCAACUGGAUCGGGAACUACGACGUGGCCAACGCGGUCGAGUUCGACGGCCAGGACGAAUUCAAGGGUAAAUCGCUGAAGCCGUACACUGUCAACGGCACCGAGAAGGGCACGUUCAAGACGGUCGACAACUUCUCGUUCCUGCGCGUCUACGAAGCCGGACAUGAAGUCCCUUACUACCAACCGGAGGUCUCGUUCCAGGCGUUCAAGCAGACUUUGCAGAAGAAGCCCAUCUCUUCUACUUAGAGCAUCUGACCAAUCUGACUAUGCUGGUCAGAUUUGAGAUCCCAUCGACUGGGCCUCAUGUACAUACAGAACGGAUGGCCUUGAUGGUUGAAUCCCGACUGAUGGUAAUAUAUACAUAUUUAUUUUGCAUACAUGUCUAUAGUUUUAAUACAUCGAUAGCUGCCGUUAGUAGCAAUGAAUUUGCCUUCAAUUC